AAAUUUCGUCCCACCUUCCCCCUCGUUGCCUGAUGCAAACUAACUGAUGGUUGUACUCUGUCUGAAAUUUCAUUCUUACAAUUAUCAGGUUGACUCUGUCUGAAAUUCUUGCUCAUUCUUACAAUUUCAUUCGGCGCGCAUCGUCGACUUCGUCCAAGUGGUCUCGUCCCUCUCUGUGAGCUCUGCUAGCUUCUUCCACCUUCAGAACUUCAGCAGGUCUUGGUUCAAUCUCCAGUUGGGACGUCGAAGCUAGUCACUCAUAGCAGCAGAUCGGGGUACUCAUGGAGAACAAGUUGCAGCAUACAAGUAAGACGGCAAGGGUGUUUACACUUAAGUUCUUGCAAGACAUCACAGACAAUUUCUCUGAGAAGCGUAUAAUUGGCCGUGGUGGGUUUGGAAUAGUUUAUAAGGGAGUCCUCGACAACGGGGAAGAGAUUGCUGUUAAAAAGCUUAGCUGCCCGCCAGAACUUGGCGACGAACAAUUUAAGAAUGAGGUUCUGAAUCUCAUGGGGGUACAACAUCAAAACAUAGUACAGUUAAUUGGUUACUGCUAUGAAACACAAAAUAGAGUAGCUGAGUACAAUGGAGAACGUGUUUUUGCUGGAUGUGACGAAAGAGCUCUCUGCUUAGAAUACUUACAGGGGAACCUUGAGGAUCAUCUUUCUGAUGAACCUUGCAGACUUAAUUGGUCCAUGUCUUACGGAAUAAUUAAAGGGAUCUGUGAAGGUUUAAAGCACCUUCAUACGGGCUGCAAAAAUCCUAUUUACCAUCUGGAUUUAAAACCAGAAAAUAUAUUGCUGGAUGAGGAUAUGAUAGCAAAAAUUGGAGAUUUUGGUUUAUCGAGACUUCUUGUUUCAGUGCAAAGUUGUGUCACACAAACAUGUAUAGGAACACUUGGAUACAUGCCACCAGAAUACAUCAAUAAACAAAUUAUAACACCAAAGUUUGACAUAUUCAGUUUGGGCGUUAUAGUCAUAAAGAUAAUGGCAGGACGGAGUGGCUACUCCCGGUGUGCACAUACGUCUUCCGAACUAUUUAUUGAGCUCGUACAUGAAUAUUGGAGGAAAAGGCUGCAGGCAACAAUGUCGGCAGAUAUAUCACAUGAAGUUAAGACCUGCAUCGAAAUAGCGUUAAAAUGUGUGGAGUCUGACCGAGUAAAGAGGCCUACUAUAACCCAGAUUGUCGAUGAGCUGGAUAAAAUAGAUAAUGCCAAAAGUUCAUCCGCAAGCAAGGUCGCCGAGUACCAAAGAAAGCGGGAUUUCGAAAAAAUAUGCUCAAGCUCAGAUUCUACCGUGAGCUUCAACGACGACGAGCCAAUUGACAUUGCUCCUCCAAAUUCAGUGCAGCUGGUGAUCAAGAGCAAGAAGGAGGUGCCACUCAGAGAGUACAAUCAGAAAGUGAUGGUUGAGCUCACCGGCGGCGACCGACCGGGCCUGGACCUGGUUGCUGUCCUGGACGUGAGUGGCAGCAUGUGGGGCGAAAAAAUGGACGACAUGAAAGCCGCCAUGCAGUUUGUUGUAAGGGAUCUUUGCCCCAUCGACCGCCUCUCCAUCGUCGCCUUCAACAAUGCCGCCGCCAGGAAGUGCCCGCUGCGGCAGGUCACCCGGGCCAAGCGGUGGGAGCUGCUGGAAAUCGUCGAUGGCCUUAUCGCCUGCGGUGGCACAAACAUCGAAGAAGGUCUGAAGACUGGAUUAAAGGUGCUCACCGACCGCAAGUUCAGCGACAACCGCAUCGUCGGAAUCGUGCUCGUGUCUGACCGGCAGCACGAAGCAAGCCAGGUCCCUACUGGCAAUGUGCCAGUCCACACAUUUGGUUUCAGCAGGGUCGACGGCAGCGCGCAGCUGCUCACAGAUGGCCAUGGUCUGACCAUGGCAAUCUCCCAGUGCCUUGCCAGCCUGCGGGCAGUCGCGGUCCAGGACUUGCAUCUGACGCUGUCACGCGUGGGAGACGAGUCGACGAUACAGAAGGUCACCGCCGGGGUACCCAUGGUGCAGCACUCCGAUGACUCGCUCACCGUCGCCUUGGGCUACCUGUAUUGCAACGUAGCGCGCAGGAUCGUCGUCGACCUCUCCCUCCCGGAAAUAGAGAGCGAGCGCUGGGCCAACAUCCUCAAGGUCAGAUACUCAUGCAGCAGCUCUUCCGGGAGGGAGUUUGUUGCGCCUCCUGCGACACUGACCGUGUGGCGAACUGACGUGGAAGAAGAGAUCCGUUGGCAGGCCGCGCAAAUGAUCCUGGAAGCCCCAAACGAUGCCCGACACUGGCUAAUAAGAUAUGCGCAUUACCUGUGGAGCUCGCUUCCCGAUUUUCCUGCUAACUUUUUUCUCUGUUAUAAUUCGUUCUUGACUUCUUAUCUUCUCUGUUUUACGUCAAGUAAUUGGGCCGAAACUAAUAUUCUUACAAAAUUUAUAGGUCUUAUAAGGUUAUUUAUUUUCUUCCCGUUUUUCCUGUUCAUCUUUUUCCUCUUUUUUUAUGAAAAAAAGGAAAAAAAAAACCUUUGUCAUCCUUUUCAGAGCAUGUGGAGUAACAUAAUCCGUGGAUGUAUUUUCUUAAACCCUCUCAUGUAUGUCGACUCUCUUGACCUGUCCACCGUGGAUUUCACCGGGAUAGGAGGCCCGCCGCCUACUCACAAGUUUGCUGUUUCUGCGUGGACCAUCAGCGCUGUCAAGGCUGUGCUUGCCGCAGACAGGGCAACUGAUGGCACAUAUGGAAAACUACAGGGUGAAGAAGACUACUACGCGCGGGGCCAAGCAUAUCAGUAG